CCUGUGGGGCGGGCAGCGAUGGGGCCGGGCUGAGCUGCCUGCCGCUGGACGAGAGCGCGGCGGAUGGCGGGUCCGGCGGAGCUGGGCCCCGAGGCGGUGCUGCGCUUCCUGGCGGCGCGCGGGGGCCGUGUUCUGCACGCCGAGCUCGUGCAGCACUUCAGGGACGCCCUGGGCGGCGAGCCCGAGCAGCGCGCGCGCGCCCGCGCCCGUUUUAAGGAGCUGGUCAACGCCGUGGCCACGGUGCGCACCGACCCCGCCGACGGCUGCAAGUACGUGCACCUCAAGAGGAGGUUCUUUGAGGCGCCCGCGCCGCCCGAGGCCGCGCCCCCCCGGGACCCGCUCCGCGUUGCGGUGACCGCGGAGCCCGAGACCCCGGAGAGCGGCCUCUGCGCGGAGGCGGCGCCUCCCGAAGCGCCCCCGGGGCCGGCCUGCGGGCCAGCCUAUGGGAAUGUGGAGCCCGCGGCCGCCGGGCUCGGGCCGCCCAGCCUGGCCGGCGACUGCGGGAGCGGCGGGGCCCGGAGGAAGAACUCGCGGCGCGACGUGCAGCCCCCGCCCCGAGGGCCGGCCCCGGGGCCCGGCGAGGACCUGGAUCCUGCGCCCCGCGGCAGCGAGGAGGCGGACGGGGGCAGCUCGCCCGGGGGCAUCACCGCCCCGAGGUCCACCCGCCAGAACCUCCGGGACCUUGUGAUGGGCAGCUCCCCGCAGCUGAAGAGGAGCGUCUGUCUUGGGGGCAGCAGCCCCGGGGGCUCCUCUGCGGGAGGGCGCGGCAAAGGCGGGGGCGACUCGGACAGCGCGUCCGUCGCUUCGUCGUCGGCCGAGGAGGAGAGCAGCGGCGGGGGCUCGGUGACGCUGGACCCUCUGGAGCACGCCUGGAUGCUCUCCGCCUCGGACGGCAAGUGGGACAGCCUGGAAAGCUUGCUCACCUGCGAGCCGGGCCUGCUGGCCAAGCGAGACUUCAUCACAGGCUUCACCUGCCUGCACUGGGCCGCCAAGCACGGCAGGCAGGAGCUCCUGGCCAUGCUGGUCAACUUCGCCAGUAAACACCAGUUGCCAGUGAACAUCAACGCCAGGACGAGCGGAGGCUACACCGCCCUGCACUUGGCAGCCAUGCACGGGCACGUGGAGGUGGUGAAGUUGUUGGUGGGGGCCUACGACGCAGACGUGGACAUCAGAGACUAUAGUGGGAAAAAGGCCUCUCAGUACCUGAGUCCGAGCAUCGCGGAGGAGAUCAAGAACCUGGUGGGAGCCCUGGACGAGGAGGACGGGGAGAGCGCGGCUGGCAGCGGGGGUGGGCGCUGGAGGCUUUCCAAGGUGCUCCCUUCGCAUCUCAUCACCUACAAACUCUCGCAUGUCCUCGAGGACGGAGGGGAUCAUCACCACCAUCACCACCACCACUUGGCUGAGGGAUGGGCUGGAGGCAAAGCAAAGGAUCCAGGUCGCAAAGUCUUAGGCAGCUCUGGUGGGCGGAUGAAACCCCGACUCAACAAAAUCCGCUUCCGAACCCAGAUCAUCCACACCACAGCCUCUUUCAGAGAUCCGGAACAGCCACUGGAGGAGGGGGAGGAGGAGGAGGAGACCCGGUCUCUUAAAGGCCACUCAUCCUCAUUCAAAUUGAGACCGAAGUCCAAUGUAUUUGGGUAAAAAUAAUUUCUUAGAAAAUUCUAAGAUUUGUUUGGCUUUAGGAAUACAAUACUAGAUGUAGGCAAGGAAGGUGAGACAGAAGAGAUUUAGGGUAAAUUCUGCAUUCUUACUUGGGGGCUGGAAUAGGUGGGAGGAAUUCCCCCCAGCAUUCUGGGUGAAGUGGAUUUCCAAGUGGUUCAUCAAACCUUGACCUAGACCUCUUUUCCCUAUGCCCCUACUCUGCCCUGGAGCCCCUCUUUCUAAGGACUAGAUGUGUGUCUGCAUUGGGGGUACAGAAUUGAUGACUGAGGGUUCCUUUGAGUUAAUCAUUACUGGAUGCUGUGAGAAGUAAGGAAUAUUGCACUUUUAUGUAUGUUUUUAAAAGUUACUCUUCCAAGAGCAACAAGAAAUGCAAAUUGUAAUGAAACUGGUAGUAUUUGUAAGUGUGAACAAAACUGCCCUGUUUUUUUACUGCAGUAAUUGCAUUUGCUUUUUAAGAUAACUACUGAAGGUCAGGUCAGAGUUGAAAUGCAAACUACUAAUUAGAGAAUAUGAAUAAAAAUGGGAAUCCUGUUGGUAUCCAAUUUGUAUUGUAAGUAGUGUUCAACUAUUUUUUUAAAAUCAAUUUUAGCUUUAAUCUCUGAACUAAAGAAAUAAGCAACAUUCCCUUUUGAGUUAGUCCGGAGUAUGGUUUCCUCUUAACUAUUUCUAAUACCACUGCACUCAGUGUUAAGGUACGUCAUUAACUACACAAUUUUUAUUUAAACAAAAUGCUUUUAACAACCUAGGGUACUGUAAAUAAAAUAUCGCCUCUGGUUCUGAUUCACACUUGUUUUGCUAUUCUAAAAGUUUAAAUUUGCCGGAGUUUUUAUUGUAGGGAUCAUAUAACCAUUGGAAUUAGUUGACGUGACCCUAUUUGAUGGUACUUACAAUUGAGUUGGCUACAGAAACUGUUUCUGGUUUAGACAAUUAGCAAAAAUUGACAUAGAUGUUAGUAAGCCUAUGCUUCUAUGAAGUAAUUAUUAAAUCAACAAUGAUUUUCAAGUAAGGUGCACUUUUUAUUUUACUAGUAAAAUCCAUUCAUAGUCUCUUAUGCUUUGUAGCAGUGUUUUGCAAAUGUUUAAAAUACUAAAUCCUUUCAAUUUUCCAAUGUUUCCUAGAAUCUAUUAGAGAUGUACAAUGAAGUUACUGAAAAGCUGGAUAGUAAAUCUACCCAGUUAAAAAUAGCACUUUAUAAAACGGAAAAGAGAAGAGAUGGGACUGUUUCUAUAUUUAAAUGCUGCUGGCUAUUGAAUUCCUUUGUAUAUAAAUGAAAAAUACCAUUAAAAUUAGAGACUUAAGUGGUUUUUAAUUACAUUUCUUUCAAAUAUGUUAGAGUAAAUGUCUUUAUAAUUUUUGUAAAAUUUAACUCAUAAGCAUACUGAAUCUAUUUGUAACAAGAUUCAAAACAACUUUUGUGGGAGACUCAUUCCAGCAAGUCCCUUUGCCUUAGUCUUUUUGGUCUUAUAAUUGCUGAAACGUAAGUACCUGCAACCUAUAGAGAUUAAGGAGAGACUUAACAGCUUGCAGAGAGAAUGAACCAAUAUAUGAAUUGCACAGAAUUGCAGUGUUUAGAGAGUUCUUAGAUCUAUAAUUUCCCAAGUUGUAGAAAUUUGUGACAAGUUCGUCACACCUUUCUAGAUAGCAUCUGAAUUUGUUUAAAGACUGAUGAAAAACACUCUCAUAAAAUAUAUAAACUGUUAUCCAUUUGUGUGCCUUCACU